AGAGAGAGAGAGAGAGAGAGAGUGCGGCGCAUGCUUCAUGAAUGAGUCCCCCUCCACCGCGCAGCAGGUCGGAUCCGUCUGCACCCCGAUGCCCCCUUUGGGUGCGCAGACCUGCGGGCAAACAGUAGAGGAGCCAGCGGCUGCUGAGCCGGGACCGUAAACACGCGCCACGCGAUUUUUUCAUCCCAUUCAGGAACAACGCGAACAGGAGCGGGCACGAUGCUGGACGGACUGCGGCGGAGGCACGCCUCCCGGCCCUCCACCCGACCCCUGACCCGACCCCUGUCCCUCAACUUCAGCACCUUCUCCGCCCCUCCCCCGAGCCCGGACAUGGACAGCAGCAGCAGCAGCGAGCAUCCGAUCAGGAGGACUUUGCACCGGCUGAAGUUGAUGAGCUCCCCGAGCCUCAGCGACCUGGGGAAGAGCGAGAAAGGUUCCCCAGAGGACCGAGGAGAGAAGCAGAAGAGGGCCGGAGCCAACGCCACCUGGAACACUAUCCACAACGCUGUCAUAGCCGUCUUCCAGAAGAAAGGUUUGGCAGAUAACGAACUCUACGUCCUCAACGAAAGUGUCCGGCAUCUGUUAAAGACUGAGCUGGGGUUUUUCUUCACAGAGUACCUUCAGAAUCAGCUGCUGACAAAAGGCAUGGUCAUCCUUCGGGACAAAAUAAGGUUUUACGAAGGUCAGAAGUUACUCGAUUCGCUGGCCGAGACCUGGGACUUCUUCUUCUGUGACGUCCUCUCGAUGCUGCAGGCCAUAUUCCAUCCGGUUCAGGGUAAGGAGCCCUCCGUCCGACAGCUGUCUCUGCUUCACUUCAGGAACACCAUAGUCCUGAGUGUGAAGUUAGAGGACGCCCUGACUCGACCUCGGGCUCGCGUGCCUCCUUCUGUUACGCAGAUGCUGCUCAUUCUACAGGGCGUCCAUGAGUCGCGCGGGGUGAACGAGGACUACCUGCGGCUCGAGGCCCUGAUUCAGAAGGUGGUCUCGCCCUACCUGGGCACGCACGGGCUUUACUCUGAAGAUGGUGCUGAGACCCACUGCUGUGUUCUGGAGAAGCGUUUGCCGCUGGGCUGGUCCAAGUCCGCGGAUCAGCCGUCUAAAAACCCUGUGGUGCGAUCCAAGAGCUACAAUAUCCCUCUGCUGCUGACCCCUGUGGCCGAGUACGACCCGGACGCCGGCUCUGUUGGCAGUGGAGGAAUUCGCCGACACUCGGCCUGUGAGAUCGUAACGUGCCUGGAAGAACAAGGACUGGCCUACGCUGACUUGGCCUCAGGAUCCGAGCCGUCCGGCCCCUCCUCCAACAGGCUGCGUGUGGGCUCUCACUUUAAUGGAGCUCUGCACGGCACUGAGGCCACAACAACAAUGACUAAUCUCAGUAAGGGGGCAUCCUCCUCGCCGCCCAGUGAAUCAUCCAGCCCUGAAACCAUAAUUGUGCUGGAGUCUGCAGACUCCAGCUCGGAUGGCAUAUUUAUUGAUUUUCCCCCUCACUCUCCAGAGGCUACGGAGUACUGCCGCGAGAGCAGACAGAGCACAGUGUAGCUGUGGUGGCCUUUUUUGGAGGGCAGAAUAUUAAAAAUACUACAGCUACAUUUCAUCAAAUUUGGUACCAUUUUCUUUUCUUACAAGUCUAUUCCAAGUGCUUUCAUUGAUGAGUGGAAACCUCGCAGCUCUAAACAUCUAUUUCUUUUACAUAAUAUGCAUUGGUCCAACAAUAUACGGAAAGGAAAUCCUAGUGGAAUUAUUAUUAAGUACGGAAUGUUUUACCAGGUUCACAACUCAAAAAUGUGAUUUUAUCCAAGUUCUAUAUUUUGAGCUUUUAAAUGUUUUCAUCAACCGGAAUAAGUCUGAUUAUGAUUAAGGGGAAAAAUCUGAUAUUAUAUUUUCCUCUUAUUGACAAAAUAAUUCUUUGAAAAUACCAAAAUCUACAAUGAAUUGAUCCCAUGUUUGGUUUCUUUGGCUGAAGCGUGAUUUAUUUUGCCACCACCUCCGUUUUUUCCCCUAAAUCUAAUCUCGUAUCCAACACCUGCCACACAUUUUUCUUCAUUUAGAGACACACAGCUAAUAUAGUCUAUUUGGAAUCAAUCCCACAUUCACAUUGCUGCUACCGUAAAUACUCACCAGAUAAUCAAAUGCUGUAAAUAGUCCCCAACAAAUGCACUAUUCACUGCUGUUGUGUGUGCUAAAAACUACAGUACCAAAGACUUAUUCUGCUUCCUUUCAUUUGUAACGACUAUUUUGGAACCCAAUUUCACAGAUGUAUUUGGUUAGUGGAAAUGAUCGAGUUUCACAAACACGUUGGGGAACUCCGAAAGUAUCGAGUGAUGGAAAAAUACAUUGGUGGUUUUGGUCUUUUUCAUGACAUUUGUUGACAAUAUCUAAAUUAUCCAAUAAUAGUAUCCUUUAAUCCAUCCAUCCAAAAUUAGAGUUAUGAGGUUUCCAAACAGCAUCCGUUUCUUACCUCUACUGAGAAGAUGGCUGUUAGCAGCCCCCAUUUAACUGGAAAAAUGACAUGUGACAAUGUACAAUAUUUAUCAUGGAUUUGUUUUAUAUUUUGAAGCUCAUAACAAUUUUAUAUUUGUGUGUUUUUGUUGUUGUCUGACUCUUGGCAGUAACGCACUACCGAGGUCUUCUGCUCUCUCUUUUGUGCGAUAUCUUAUGAAAAUGUGGACCGUUGAAUUGUUUUUUUUAUUUGUGAGCAGGUGUCAUAGAGGUUAAAUGCAAACAUCUGUUCUUCGAGCAAGCAUCAGUGUGGCAGCAUUUACUUCUCUGUAUUCGCUCUGUACAGCAGGACUUUGAGGAAUGACUAUGUUUAUUGUUUACAUUUGAUAAAGACGUGAACAUUUUGACUGAAUGUCGUCUCACACACUGUAUUUUGCUCCACCUUGGAAAUAAAAUGCAUUGUUGGCUUUUAGGACAGCUAGAUGGUGUAAAGCAAGCUUUUACCUUUAAAUGAAUUGAAAUUUUAAUAAGGGCUUUUUAAAUGAAUCUUUUUCAAACAAUGUCUUACCUCAAGCGUUUUGUACUUUUCUUUUUUGACAAUCUAUAAUGUCUAUGGAAUUGUACUUUGUAUUAAUUUGUUAUACCAGCCCAGUAAAAACUAAAUAAAUUUGAAUAGUAUUUGAAA